UUUAUGUAAACAGCGAUGACUGAACAAAACACCUUGUCCCAGUUCUUCACUACCAUUCAGUUUCCUGACUUGUGCAGAACCAGCAAGCUAUGAUGAAGGUGCCUGCUCUCCUCCUCGCCGGCCUGCUGCUGCUGCUGCCUGGAACUCUGACAGAAAACAGUGGGUCAACUUCCAUCGAGAUGGUGGUGAAGAACAGAUUGCUGAACAAAGAUCCGCUGACCUACAGCACUGAGGUGGUCUACAGAGGGAUCCUUAUCGGAGCCAUGAGAAGACUCAUGAAUUCUAAUGCAGACUUUAAAUUCACCUACUCAGAGGAUCCAAACUACGGCCCGUUCCUGGAGAGUGUGAAUGGUCUGGCUGGGAAUGAGAAAGAACGCACUUACUGGGAGUUGUUGGUCAAAACAUCAGACAACCACAUCCUGCGCCCUGAUGUCGGCAUCGGGUGCUAUAUUCCUAACCCAAAUGAACAAAUCAUCUUUAAUUUUACAAAAUGGUAAAAAAAAAAAAAUCCUCAUCUGCUGAUCAUGUGCUGGAAUGUUGAUUUUAAGUCCAGCUCUUUGUUGUUGAGUAACAAUAAAGUCCAAAUAAAAAAAUAAAACCAA